AUGUCAUUAAGAGAAGUUGUAUACUGUGGUGUGUGUUCAUACCCCCCUGAAUAUUGUGAAUUUACAGGUAAAUUGAAACGUUGUAAAGUUUGGUUGAAGGAAAACCAUCCAGACUUAUAUACCAAAUUAUAUGGUGAAUCUGAUGCAGCUGAUGUUGAUAUUGUUGCUGGGAAACUAGCUGAAUCUAGUAUUGGUGAAGCAAGAGAAGAAAAACUAGAGAAGGAUCUUUUGAAAUUACAAACUAAAGAAGAAAAUAGGGAACAACGAGAAUUAGCUAAAAAAUUAGCUUCUAAAGUCAUUAUUAAGAGAGAAGCAAGAACAAAGAGGAAGUACAUCAUUGCUAUAUCAGGUUUAGAAGUUUUUGAAAUUGAUAUGAAAAAAUUGGCCAAGACGUUUGCUUCAAAGUUUGCUACUGGUUGUUCCGUUUCAAAAAAUGCUGAAAAGAAAGAGGAAGUUAUUGUUCAAGGUGAUGUGUUAGAGGAAGUAGAAGCAUACAUACAUUCGCUAUUAAAAGAAAAGGGAUUAAAAGAUGUUAAGGUAGAAACCAUUGAUUCUGCUAAGAGGAAGAAGAAGCCGACUGAAGGAGCUGCCAAUACUGCCGGUAAAUAA